AUGGGUAACAAGAAACUGUCUGGGAGGAAGAAAAAACGAAAGUUUAGUGGCAUAGUAGCGAAGCAAAAAAUUCAAGAUGGCGGCAAGGACUUGGUAGACAGCCAGUCAAGUAGCUCUGAUUUGAACACUUCUGCAUCGAAACGGAACGUUUCCGAUGUAGUCCCAGAUGUUGAAAAGCAUUCAGAAUGCCUCAGAGAAGGUUAUAUUUUAAUGGAUGUGUCAAUUCUCUGCGAAUAUUUGUCCAGAACUGCCGUUUGUAACAAAUGUGAAACCCCUGUACAGUGUGGCAUAAAUUUGGAGGACAGUCAAGGAUUUGCCCACAAUUUUGUUUCCUACUGCAAGAAUUGUGACUCUAAGACUAUCCUUUUUAACUCCUCCAAGAAAACUUAA